ACCUGUAAUUUAAAACCGGAACAAACGAAAACAAAAAGCAGGGACCAGCUGUGGAGUGUUUCUGCUUUUCCUGGAGUGUUUUGAGCACUCUCACGGAGAAGCGCUGGCCGUGAAACAGCAUCGUCUAAAGGAGCACAACUGGACCCAGAAUAAUGCCACAUUAGCAAAAACCCAACAGUUUAAUGCUUUUAUUUUUUUACAACACCUUUUCUCGCCUUUAUUACUUUAAGUUGUGAUGGAGGGUUUCGGUUGUGCCAGCUUGAGGAUGAGGAGGAGGAGAAGCAGCAGCGGGGCAGCCGGGCUGCUGUGGCCGCUGCUCGGUGCGUGUCUCUGGGCUUCGGUGGUCGGGUACAAGCCGGUGAUCAUCGUGCACGGUUUGUUCGACAGCUCAGGGGAUUUUAUAAACUUACAGCGGUUCAUUAACGAGUCUCAUCCAGGGACGAACGUGACCGUCAUCGACCUGUUUGACAGGGGCGCGAGCCUGGAGCCCAUGUGGAAACAGGUGGAGGGAUUCAAGGCAGCUAUCUACCCAAUAAUGCAAAACGCAGCAGAUGGGGUCCACUUUAUCUGCUACUCUCAAGGCGGUCUGGUUUGCAGAGGGAUCCUCUCCACUCUGUCUGACCACAACGUCCACUCCUUCAUCUCCCUGUCCUCACCUCAAGCCGGGCAGUACGGAGACACAGACUACUUAAAGUACCUCUUCCCUCAGUUUGUGAAGUCAAACCUCUACCACUUGUGUUACACCGCAUUAGGUCAGAUGAUAUCCAUCUGCAACUAUUGGAAUGACCCCCACCACAGAGACCUCUAUGUCAACAGCAGUGAUUAUCUGGCUUUGCUCAACAGUGAGAGACCCAACCCAAAUUCAACAGAAUGGAAGAAGAACUUCCUCAAAAUCAAAAAGCUGGUACUGAUUGGAGGACCGGACGAUGGAGUCAUCACGCCCUGGCAGUCGAGCCAGUUUGGAUUUUAUGACGACAACGAGACGGUUGUUGAAAUGCAGCACCAAGAUCUGUACUUGAGAGAUGUUUUCGGGCUGAAGACGCUGGCGGCUCGCGGAGAUCUGAUCCUCUGCUCUGUUCCCGGCGUUCAGCACAUCUGGUGGCACUCCAACAAGACCGUGUUCCACACAUGCAUGGAGAAGUGGCUGGUGUAGCACAAAACCUCUUCACAGCACACACAUGCAGACGGACACACAGAAAAACACACAAAAACGGUCGACCUCUACAGCCUCGGUUAUAGUGUCUUCUGUAGGACAUGAGCUGAUAUUUUGGGGGGAUUACAGCUGUGAAAGAUCAUUUGGUGAUGUCAGGAUUUAUUUUAAACCGUCUUUCAUUUUCAUCUUAUUUAACAUUUAAGGAGAAAGUUUAACAUUAGGGGAAAAAUUUUGUUACCUCUCUCUCUUUUAUGUGUACAGUACAUGUUAGGCUAUACCAGAAGCAGGUUAGCUUAGCUUUGCACAAAUAAUGGAAAUAAAGGGAAACAUCUAGCCUGCUUGUGUGUGACAAGGACAAAACCAGCACUUUUAACUUCACUCACUAACUUGUUUAUUUUAUUUGUCUGAAUAAAGUAAGUGUAAAAUGACAUUGGCAACUAUUAGUGGCGACUACUAGUGGGCUAAGAAGGUACUGCAGGAAGGCUACAGUCAUGAUUGACAGAUUGAUAGAUGGAUACUUUGUUGAUUUGUAUUCAAAUUUUGUUUUAUAAUAGCAUAAUAAAGAGUACAAAAUAGUUCAGUCUGCAAUAAUUAAACAACAUAGCUAAAGUAAAAGUGGUAAAAGUAUCACAGGUGCCUACUGAGGACCUUAUGCUGUGAGAUUUCACACAUAGACAGUGAUUUAAAAAAAACAAAAAACAGAAUACAAAAUAAAAAUGAGGUUAAGGAGAGUAGAAAGUAUCACACUGCAGAUUGCUUUAAUAAAUAAUAUGUACUCUAUAAAUGUAAGAAACAUUUGGAGGAAUGGUUAAUCUGCAGAUAUUUCCUGGAGUCCAGCUACCAACAUAAUGUUGCCAGCAUUUUAAAACCCCAAAAAUAUCACCAUCACAAUUAGAUUUUUGGGUGCAUUAACAAAAAAACAUUUAACAUGUUAUUCAGUGGGCUUAAGAGUGCUGGUAGGCAGAUUUAAUGCAAUUCAUUAAUUCAUUUUUAAUGAUAACACAGAUCCAGGCUAGUGGCUUUCAGCUGCUAUGUUGAGCUAACGCUCUCCAUUUAUUCCCACUGAUGUCACCUUUGCGAACAACGUGAGUCCGGCCCUCACCGUCAUACGUAGAUGGUAUGAAAGAUGUACGUUUCUAAGGUUGUUAUAACUAAAACUAAACUAAAAAUUAAAACUACAUAUUAAUAAAAUAAAAUGAACUAAAACGAAUUAAAAAAAAUAGAGGACAUGAUGAUGGACGGACAUGUUUACUGAGACUGUGGAUGUCUACAUAGAUUGAAACUAAUAAAAACUAACAUUUUUAAACAAUAAAACCUUCAGAACUGAAUUAAUUUAUCCAACCCUGGAGAUACGUCCAUGUUUUAUACUGUCUGCGGUGUAGUUUCGGCUUGUCGUGCACGUCUUGUUCUUGUUUGGGUGGGUUGUAUCAGUACAGGGAUCAGGGAUUUCCAUACAUCUUUUCAAACUGCUUGAAAGGAUGAGAUUUUCUGGAGAAACCUUUACCAUAAUCUAACCUGUAGCAUUAUCUCGACCAAGGCUUGAUUCAUAAAAGGGAAAAAAAGCACAUUUCCCAAAAUGUUACACUUCUCCUUCACGUAUUUAUUUUAAAAAACCCACAUUGUUGCUUUUGGAGAAAUCCAGCACAUCGCUGCCUGUUUGCUGAUGGCUGUCAGAAGGGGUUUUAGCUGCUUUUCUGACUUUAAAGGAGCACUCCAACAAUUUUUCAUUGUACCAUUGCAAGGGACAAGAGUGCAAGCAGUCAUCGUAGCAGAGGAUUAAGGAUAUGUUGAAUUUUAUUUACAAGUGUGAGUCCAGUUUGUUGUUACGUUCUUCCUGCCUGUUUCAUGGCAAACCUCCAGUUUUAAUGCGGGCUUUGAGGUAAGUGAGCUGUAGUUGUCCAGCUGAGCUCACCAGUGUUGCUGUAUCAGCAAAGUUGGCGGCAUGCCCCUUUUUAUUUGAAUAAAAAUAUUAGUUUAUCACUUUAAAAGCAUGCAGUGUAUCAGACAGUGUGCGUCUGCUCCAUCAAACAUACCUCAAAGCCGCCACACAAACACGACAGUGCCUGAGCGACGUUAAGUCGUCUACAUGUUGAGACUUACUGCCCCGCUCGUCUCGCGUUGAGUCAUUUAUAUGUUUUUCAUUCCCCCAUCUUUAACCCCGGUGUCUAAUUCAGAGUGAGCCUCCGAUCUUAUCAUCAGUUUAUUGUAACUAUCAUGCAGUGCUUUGGAGCUUUACUCCAUCGCUUUUGUAGAUGAAGCCUUAAUUUUUCCCCCCUACAUGCCUCAGUAUUUCAUGCCCAUUACCAAAGUGCUACAACACACUGCCUUUAGUGACGGUGCUAAAAACAAUGAUAGGGAGGGGUGGCAUUGGGCAUAAUAAGACUAGAGAGUGGCUGUGAUAUGUUAGUGUUUACUGGUCCACCGAACCUCCCAUCACAUUUAGAUAUCUCAGGCCUUUUAGCAACCUUCAUGUUCCUUCUUUUCUGUUGUUUAAGGGAUUCAUUUGUAAUACUUUUAAUUUAUACUUGUCGUUCUUAUAUUUCUCAAAAGGACAAAAAGCGGAGCGUGUAUUUGAAAGAUAAAACAGAAAAGAAACUUAAUGGUUAAGGAUGAAUUGCACAUUGUAAAGAGAAGGGAUGUUGUUGAGAUAGGGAUGGUUUUAUCUGUGUUCAAGCUACUAUGUUAAUGUUAUUGCAUCUGUUGUUCAUGUAUGCUCGUGCAAAGCCAGAGCUGUUUCUACCGUGUUUGUGUUAUAAAUGAACAGGUGUCAAAUGCUGUCAGGUCUUCAAUAAAAGACGGUUUUGAGCAUUG